UAUUCGAUACUAUCGAACAGAGUCUAUACCAUUGCUGCCCGAGUUUGCCCUCAAUUAAAAAUAAAAUUACAAAAUUUCACUGUUUCCAUUCGCAAAACGCAGCGCAUCACCCAGGCGUUCAAAUUCACAACCAACACAAGUUGUAGUAUCGUUGUGAACCAUGUCAACACCCGCACGCAGACGUCUUAUGAGAGAUUUCAAAAGACUUCAGGAGGAUCCACCUACGGGUGUCUCGGGUGCCCCAACAGAUAAUAAUAUUAUGAUAUGGAAUGCUGUGAUUUUUGGUCCACACGAUACACCAUUCGAGGACGGAACCUUUAAGUUAACCAUAGAAUUUACGGAAGAGUAUCCAAACAAACCGCCAACAGUUCGAUUCGUAUCGAAAGUAUUUCAUCCCAAUGUGUACGCAGAUGGUGGAAUAUGCUUGGACAUAUUGCAAAACCGCUGGAGUCCCACAUACGAUGUUUCAGCCAUACUAACAUCCAUACAGUCACUGCUGAGCGAUCCCAAUCCCAACUCACCGGCUAACUCCACCGCCGCCCAGCUGUAUAAAGAAAAUCGGCGCGAGUACGAGAAGCGUGUGAAAGCCUGCGUGGAGCAGAGUUUCAUCGAUUAGCCAUGCGCCCACUCUAGGAACAGAAGCAGCAUCAGAAGCAUCAGAAGCAGGAGCCACAACAGGAGCAGCAGCAGAUUUGAGGGCGGCUGCAGCUUAAAACAUCAGCAAACUACAGCAACAAAAAUAUGCAAUACCAUAAAGAAGUUUAAAUUAAAUAAUAACAGAAAUAUUUAUGAUAAUUGUAAUGCUAUGAAAUUGUAACAGCGCCAACGGCACGGCACAGCAGCAUAUAUAUAUAUACACCCUCAACCGCUCACCGCUCACACACCCUGCGCACACCACCCGAAGCCUAUAAACACUGGGCAGUUAUAAGUUAUAUUUGUUUGGCCGAUAGUUCCACCUUGUCCUUAACCCGAUCCCGAAAUCAGACGCAGAUCACUGAAAAAUACCCGAAAAUCCAAUGUAGCAGCAGCGGCUAGUUAAGCCGACAGCCAGAUAUAAGACUCUCAUAAGCUAACAACUCAAAUGUUAUAAUUCAAAUAGCAGCGGCAGAAAACUAAUAAUAAUAAUAAUAAUAAAAAAAAAUUAUAAAACCAUGUCAAACAAUUGCAAAACCCAAAUAGUUUCAUUUUAGAUGUGCGCAAAGCAAGUCUUGUAAAACUAAACUAAUUCUGCAACUAAACCAAAAUCUAACCAGAAAUUAAUAUAUGUAGUAGUUUGUGUCGUAGUAAACGCCCACACAGUUAAUUUGCAAGUUUUAAGCUACAUUGUAGUCCAGUGUCAUCAAUGAUAUCUACCGAAAGUCCACAUACAGAUACACAUACACAUGCUACCUAGAUCGAUUCAUAAGUUUAUUGGCUACAAAUUGUGAAAUUACUAGAAAUUGAGAAUUAAAUGUUAGUUGUUAGCAAUGUAAACCAA